AUGUUGCUGUUGUUCUCUGUUCCUACCUGCGCGCUGAAAGUGAAUAUCCACUGCGAUGGGUGCGAGAAGAAGGUCAAGAAGAUCCUGCACAAGAUCGAUGGCGUGUACCAGAGCAGCAUAGAUGCAGAGCAGGGGAAGGUGACGGUGUCCGGCCUCAUGGAUCCGGCCACCGUCAUCAAGAAGCUCAACAAGGCGGGCAAGCCGGCGCAGCUGUGGGGCGCCAAGCUUGACGUGGUGAGCCAGCUCCAGAAGCUGCAGCUUGGCGGCGGCGGCGGCGGCGGGAAGGACAAGCAGCCCAAGGGUGGCGACGGCGGCGCGAAGGGCCAGCAGACCAAGGGCGGCGGAGGAGAAGGAGGAGGAGGCAAGGGCGGGAAAGAUGCGAACAUGGUGCUGCCGCAGCCGACACCACAGCAGAUGCAGCAGGUGAUGCAGAUGAAGGGCAUGAAGCUGUCUCAUGUGCUCGGUUGGGCGCGGGUGGGCGGCGAGGUUUCGCGGUGGCGGGGUUUUCGGUGCUCGGUUGGGCGCCGGUGGGUGUAUGGUAGGCGGCGAGGUUUCGCGGCGGCGGCGAGCGUUCGGUUGCGGCGAUUUUCGCGGGGGCUAGGCGUGCGGUAGCAGCGAUUUUCGCGGGGGCUGGGCGCGCGGUAGCAGGAGGAGGUUGUAGAGGCGGGGGCAGUCUACGCUCCACUCUUAAUAGUUGUAGAGAUAUCAUGUAAUAGCCACUACUAAAAUAUCCUAAUAAUCACGAUAUUAUGCAUGUGGAUCAUGA